CCUCAGCCGUGCAGAAGUCUCCAUUACCCGGCUUCCAAGAGGAAUUUUGUGGAGCGAUUGGAGCCAGAUACAACUAUGGAGAAGAUAUCAUUCUGUCUUGAUUCUGAUGAUGGCUGGGUGCAAGAAGAGGGAAUCCUGAAGCUAUGUGAGAUACUGAAGGAAGCUGGGCCAGAUGUGUGUGAGUCGGCAGAGUUUGGCCGGCUGACGGAGCAGCUGACGGCCCGGCGUCCGUCGGUGGCGCGCCGCGCCGCCGUCGCUCUCGUGCAGCUCGUGCGCCAGGCGGUGGUGCCGCUGCCGGCCGCGCUGCGCGCCACGCUGACAUCGGUGGCCGUCGACAGCUCUGGUGAUUGUCUGGUAUGGACUGUAACAGAGCUGGUGGAGCUGACACUGCUGGCUGCUGCCGGCGGCCAGAAAGCGGCCAGUCCACUGACUGGCGCCUACCACCCUCACGUGAAGUUGCUGCGCGCGCUACCGCUCCGUUGGCCACAACUGGUGGUCGAGGUUGAGCGGCUGCUGCUGGCCGACACCAGUGUCACGUACCGGGACCUGGCCGUGGAGUACGUCAGCCCGCUGCUCUGGGCCAGCUGCGGCCAGCACGCCCCGGCCGGACUGCGUCACGGCCUGGUGGCGGCUCUCUGCCGACUGGCACGACUCAGCAGGAGCUCCCGGCCCGUGCUGCGGGCCCUGGGCGUGCUCGCUCGACUCCGGGCGCCGGCCGACCAGCUAGCCUGGGAGUUGCCGGCCCUCUGCCGCCUGCUGGUCGACUUCGCGCUCGAAGUCGACGACCGUGCCCUGCUCCGGGCGUUGACCCCGCUCAGCGUGUGCUGCCUGAAGUGGCGGAUGACGGAGGGUCUCAGUGACGUCACCUCGGCUGUUGAUGACGUCAGGCGGCUGUUGGAACUGGGAUUGGGCGGUGACGUCGAGCUGAUUCUGUUGUCUGACAUCAUCAGUCAGUCGUCUGCCCUGUCGCUGCUAUCCGGCCAGCUGAUCGAAACAGCGGUUCUCCUGCUGGAGCGGGGCCGCUGGAGCGCUCCGGAGCUGGCCGCCGCCACCCUGCUCGCCCACACGCUCCGGGACACGGAGGAGGAGAGGCAGCCGGAGCUGGCGCUGGCGCUCCUGCGUGCCCUGCCAGAGCUGGCCGUCAACAAGACGCUGGUGCCGCGGAUCGUGCGGUUGCUGACCGGCCUGGUGAGCGCGGGCGGGCUGCUGGCGCCCGAGGCGGUCCGGCUGCUGACCGCCCUCUGGCGCCGUGAAGCCCGCUGUCUGCCCUACCUGCUGGACCUGGCCGCCAUCGCCGACAUCUGUCAGCAUAACCCGUCCGCGGGCAAGGACCAGCUGUCCGUGCUCUCGCGCGUGCUCACCGAGCUGGGCGACGCGCCGAGCGCGGCCGCCUGCAGUCUGGCACUGACCGGCAUCGCCGCCCUCUGCCGCGCCCAGCUGCUCGACGUGCGCACCACGUGGCGCAUCCUGGCGCCCCAGCUGCGCCAGGAGCGGCGGCCGGCCGUGCUGGCGCGCUACAUGGAGUUCCUGGGCCUGGUGCCGCAGCUGCACGUGCCCAGCGAGGAGUACGAGGUGUUCACGCGCCAGGUGGCCGCCGUGCUGUGGCAGCGAGUGGCGCAGCCACGGCCCGAGUCGGUGGCACGUGCCGCCCUCCGCGCGCUGGCCGAGUUCAAGCCGGGCACCUUCCAGCUGAAGAUGCUGCCGGCCGCCGCCAGGCAGGGCCUGGUCGUGCCGGCGAAGCUGAUCGCGACGCCGGCAGACGCCGCUAAGAGGCCGGAGGACCUGCUGAACUACGUGCCUGGCGAGUGCUUCACGCUGCUGCUGUCCGUCCUGCCGCCGCGCCUGCUGUCUGAGUACGGGCUGACGCUGACCGCCCUGGUCCGCCGCGAGGUGCAGCUGAUCGGCCGAGGCGUCUACUUCACCGCGAAGGAGCGUUCGCGCCGAGAGGGCGGCGAGCCUGCUUCCCUCUCCUACCUGGAGCCAUCGAGCAUCCUGCGCGCGCUGGUGGUUCGUCUCCAGCAGACAGCAGACUCUGGCGCGCUGGCAGCGGGGAAGCGCACGCCUCGCUGA